AUGUCCGCCACCUCUUUCAAUCGAGAGGAUUUCUCCAUUAGUCCCAACCUCGUGACGGGCCUUCGUCUUUUCUUCUACUCGCAGUUAUUCGUCACUCCCAAGCUUCCAACUCACUCCUUCGCCAAGCAGACCGUAAUAGUCACCGGCGCCAACUCCGGGCUAGGCCUCGAAGCAGCCCGGCACUUUUACCGGCUCAAUUCCGCCAAAUUGAUUCUCGCCGUUCGCACGAUCGCCAAGGGUCAAGAAGCCAAGGAGUAUAUCUCACAGAACAAUCCGCAACGCUCCGACCCGGACGCUAUCGAGAUUUGGCCCCUCGAUCUCUCAAGCACCGAGUCAACGUUGGCAUUCGCGAAUCGCGUGAUGAUAGAGCUGCCACGCUUGGAUGUUUUGAUAAAUAACGCAGGGAUAAAUUCGCCCGAGUGGAAGGUCUACGAGGGCUAUGAACACGCAGUCCAGGUUAACGUCCUUAACACCUUUUUGCUAGCAUUGUCCCUAUUACCCAAGCUAGAGGCGAAUACUACACUAGUAGACAAGGAUUCACAGCCACAUCUAGUGAUUGUGACCUCCGAAGCGCACCGAUUAACCAAGUUUCCUGAGAUCAAUGCGUCCGAUCUAUAUGCGAAGCUAAAUGAGAAGAAGCAUUUCAGUCAGCAAACGAGGUAUCAAGUUACCAAACUUAUGGAAAUACUCUUCACACGCGAGCUUGUAUCUCGCCUUGGCUCCUCUACUCGUGUGAUCAUCAAUCUCGUCAAUCCUGGUCUAUGCAGCUCCAAUCUGGAGCGCACCAGCGGCAAACCUCCCGCGGUACUUCGUCUGGUGCGGUAUAUUUUGGAUCGCACUACCGAAGUCGGCGGACGCACCCUUGUUCUCGGCGCGUCAGCUCCCGCUAGCUCACAUGGCGAGUUUCAGAGCGAUGGGACUAACCAGGAUGUAGAGGCAUGGAUAUACACGGAGGUCGGACAGCGGGCACAAAAGAAAGUUUUUGAGCAGACGCUGCAGAUUUUGGAAGCGAGGAGGUCAGACAUUGCCCGAGAGGCGGGUCUGCGGGAUGUUUGA